ACCGGAAGCACAUGGUAAAUCUAGCAGAAACGUCAACAAGACAUCGAUAUCAUCAUGAGUGACAAUGAAAAUGUGGAUGAAGCAGAGGGAGAAACUGGACAGCGAAUCCUUGCUCAGUUCAAGAGUGAAACAGGUGAAGUGGCAGGAAGCUCAUUCGACUUACCUGUAGAUAUUACACCUGAGAAGUUACAGCUCAUCUGCAAUGCAAUACUCAGUAAUACCGAAGCAGUACCCUAUUCCUUUUUCGUGAACGACAAUGAGAUCACAACAUCGCUGUCUGACAGUUUGGACAAGGAUGCCCUUGAAAACACAGAGAAGGUGCUGGAUAUUGUGUAUCAGCCUCAGGCUAUCUUCCGAGUCCGAGCAGUUACUCGUUGUACUAGCACCAUUGCUGGACAUGCUGAGGCAGUCAUCGCUGUGUCCUUUAGUCCUGAUGGCAGAUAUCUAGCAAGUGGUUCUGGUGAUACUACCGUCAGAUUUUGGGAUGUCAACACAGAAACACCACAGUACACAUGUAAAGGACAUAAGCACUGGGUGUUGUGUAUAGCAUGGUCACCAGGUGGCAGCAAACUGGCAUCAGGCUGUAAAAACAGUCAGGUGUGUCUUUGGGACCCUGGUACUGGACAACAGCUGGGAAACACACUGGUAGGUCAUAAACAGUGGAUCACCUGGCUGAGCUGGAAACCUUUACACCUUGAUCCAGAAAGUCGAUUCCUAGCAAGUUCUUCAAAGGAUGGGACAAUAAAGAUCUGGGAUACUAUGUUAUAUCAGUGUACAAUCACACUGUCUGGUCACCUGCAGUCUGUAACCUGUGUCAAGUGGGGCGGAACUAAUCUCCUUUACACUUCCUCCCAGGACAGAACCCUCAAGGUGUGGAGGGGAGACAAUGGAGUGUUGUGUAGAACAUUGCAAGGUCAUGGUCACUGGGUCAAUACCAUGACCUUAAGUACAGACUAUGUAAUGAGAACUGGAGCUUUUGACCCUGCUGAUGCCCAGCUGGUUCCCAAGAACAUCACAGACUCUAAUGAAUUGCUGGCAAAGAAAGCAAAGGAAAGAUAUGAUUUAGCAAAGGGCCCAGGACCUGAACGACUUGUGUCAGGAUCAGAUGAUUUUACAUUGUAUCUAUGGAAACCUGAGGAGGAUAAGAAACCUAUCGCACGCAUGACUGGUCAUCAGCAACUCAUUAAUGAUGUACAAUUUUCACCAGAUACUCGACUCAUUGCCAGUGCAUCCUUUGACAAGUCUGUAAAGUUAUGGGAUGGUCGAACUGGAAAAUUCCUGGCAACCUUCCGCGGACAUGUAAGUCGUGUGUACACACUAGGCUGGUCAGCUGACAGUCGACUCAUUUGCAGUGGCAGUUCUGAUUCCACCAUUAAAGUAUUUGAUGUGAAGACUAGAAAACUUUUGUUUGAUUUACCAGGACAUGCAGAUGAGGUAUACUCUGUAGACUGGAGUCCUGAUGGACAGAGAGUAGCAAGUGGAGGGAAAGACAAAGUACUAAAAAUUUGGAGAAAAUAACGAGUGAAUCAUCAACAGAGUGGUACUAACUCCCGGGACGGAUCAGCUGUUUUAUCACCUACAAUGUAAUUAAGGUCAUGCUGUAUAAUUGUUAUGAUUUUUAUAUAAAACUAAGUAAUAACAUUUA